GUCUAUACCGAGUUUAAUCUAAAGUAGCGAGCUCUUUUAUCUAUGGGUGCACUGAGCUAGCUCUGCAGAAUCAGGUAGAUCUAGAUCUAUAUUCUAUAGCUAGCUGGCCGGCCAUGAGCAAGAGAAGGAUAAGUGUGAAGCCUAAGUCUCAAUCUAUCUCCUACUUUGAAGUAUCUCCUUCAAAACGUCGUGCUGUGCAUAAAAAAUCUCUCUCUUUGUCUGCUGUGCCAGAAUCCUCUUCUGUUAAUUCUUCCAGCAGUACUAGGCUCCUCUCCAGUGAUAAAAAUGAAGCUGAAGAAGUAGAUGUACAUGGAGCGAGCAGGCCUACUGAUGUUAUCAGUGGCGACUCUCCAGAUGUAUUAAUCAGUAGUGAGUGGCAUGAUCAUGAUCCAGAGAGCUCGGGGCAGGAUGACACCACUUUUCCAGACACAGUGAGCUCAAGUGCUUAUGAGAAGCGACAGCAGAAGGCUGCUGACAACUGGGCUGAAGUGCGUGUCCAGUUGCUACGUGCCAGUGUAGAAACCGGAAUUCCUUCCCCUUGUUCUGUGUGUGCCGAGUGUGAAGAACCCGCUGUUGCAAUUUGCCGGGAUUGUGGACCACAGGCAUACUACUGUGCCAACCAUGUGGACUCAGUACACUCUCUGACAAAUAUUUUUCAUCGACCUUUUCUCUGGAAAAAUGGAAUGCUUCACCCAUACUAUUUCAAGCAGUCGAGAACCUUUCCAGCACUUCACUGUUGCUGUACAACUUACAUAAAAGAAGUUGUUUGUCUUGACCCUAAAGGUUUCCAGCAUUGUGUGUGCGUAACCUUCUGCAAGUGUGAGCCUGAGGCUGUUACUCUUGUGCGGCAUAACAUGUGGCCAGCGACACCAGCAACUCCCACCCUAGCAUUUCAUCAGGAUCUGCUACUAUGGAUGGAGUCACUUUUGCUGGAAGGGUGUAUUGGUGUCGAUGCUUUUUGUCGUUCUCUUGAAUACAAAAUUGGAAGAGAUAUCAGCAAACAACUCCGGAAGAUCUAUCCUGUCAUGAUUGAUGCGUUUGAAGAAUAUAGGUUCAACAGAUAUCAACUCGACUGUCUUCUAUUUUUGUCUCCUGACUUGAACACUACAGCUAUCUGCCCUGCCUGUCCUCAGAGCAAUGGAACUCAAAUUAUAUCCAUGGAUGGUGUAUUUGGACUAUGUCGGAAAAAGUCUGCUGGUGUUAGUGUUCGACCACCACUCUUCUCUGGUGUAUUCUUUGAGGAACAGCAAGCAGUAGAUGAGUUUGUUGCUGAUUAUGAUACAUUUGGCCAGAUAAUCGACAAGGGGUGUCAUGAGUUCCUCGCUGGAGACACUUUGCGCUCCAAGUACGCAGCUCUAGAUGAAACUGCCGUGUUUGGAAGCAUGUGUCGUCAUGAGUUUCCCCAAAGAUUUCUGAAUAUGAAGCAUGGAGAAAGACUAGCAUAUCCUGUGUACCUGCUAAAGAAGGCACACCAAAACAAGGGUGACAAGUGUCUGUUGUUACUGUAUGAUAUUGCCUGCUUACUCGAAACUCAUCUGAAGAAUCGUGGACAUCUUGACAUGUUAGAAAAGACAACAUUAGGAGUGCCAAUUUUUCAUGUCUAUGGGCAUUGUGCAUUCUGUCAGCUGACAUAUUCACCUAGAGUCCUAACUGGAUGCGGACUUACUGAUGGUGAAGCUAUGGAGAGACUGUGGUCAUGUCUAAGAAGAUUUGCUAAAUCCACCAAAGAAAUGCGACCAUCUCAUCGCAUUGAUGUCCUUACCUCAGCUCUAUUACAUUAUAUCAAGAGUACGUCUUAAUCUAGGGGCAUCGUUAGUCAAAAGGCUGAAGAACGCCCAAAACACUCAACAUAGUGCAACAGAGGACUUAUCAAAGCUAAUCAAUGAGUCAAAUGGUACACUGACGGAGUCAUCAGCUGAACAAUUGCAGAAACAACAACACGGGCUGUUCGCAAGGAGUCAAACUGAUCUGAGUUUCGGGCAACGUCACAAAACCUUUCAGAACAUCCUUCAUAUUGCUCGCGAGCG